GUUGUAUUGUAGAAGUUGUAUAGCUUGGCAGUAUAACUGUAUAACCGUGUGUGGGUAAUUGAGAGAAGGAGUUUGGUCGAGGUAGUGUUUAACAAGGUUUUUUUUAAAGGGCAAAAUGCCUGUAAAUGAUCCUGAACAGUUUGAUGGAAUGUUGCUGGCUAUGGCCCAGCAACAUGAAGGUGGAGUACAGGAACUUUUGGACACCAUAUUCAGUUUCCUGGCACGCAAGACAGAUUUUUAUACUGGUGGCGGUGAAGGAGCUGGAGAGAAGCUAGUAAUGGCAAAGUUCAGGAAGUAUGAGAAACAGGCAUUAGAUUUGCACACGAAAAAGAAGGAAGAGAGAGAAGAGAAUGAAAAAAAGAGGAAAGAAAGGUUAGCACAGAAGAAAAUGGAAGAAGAUGCCCUCAAUGCUAAAGCUGAAGCCACCAUAACUGAAUUGACAGAUAAUGAAGCAUUAGAGUUACAAAAAGAAAUUGACAAGGAUAAAGCUGAAGGUUCGGAAAAUGUACCCAGUGUCACAUCAUCUGAGGAAACUGAAGGAGACCCUAAAGCUGACCCAGAUGAAGAGGAGGAUCCCAAAGAGAAGGAGAAGUUGAAACCCAAUUCUGGCAAUGGAUGUGACCUUCCAAACUGUAGGUGGACACAAACAUUAUCAGAGAUUGAGAUCCAUCCAUGUGUUCUGCAAAAGUGUAAAUCUUCACUUGGUGUAUUAUAGUCUGCUCUUGCGUCACAUUCUCUUCCUUGUCAG